AUGACAGUCACAUGACUCAGUGUAGCGUUUUGUUUAUGUACAAUAUUUCUCUAGAUAUCGACACUCAUGCAGGCGUCCUCUGAUUGGUCACUGAUUGGACGGAAGCAUCAUCAUCAUCAUCAUCAUGCCUCUGACAGCCGCUGUGAUUGGAGGAGUUCAGAAACUGGUGCUUUACGAGACCAGAGCUAGGUAUUUUCUCGUGGGGAGUAAUAACGCUCAAACGAAACAUCGCGUCCUGAAGAUCGAUCGCACUGAACCACGAGAUCUGGUCAUUAUUGAUGAUAAGCAUGUUUACAGUCAACUGGAAGUGCGAGAGCUCCUGGGCCGCCUGGAUCUGGGCAAUCGCACUAAGAUCGGGCAGAAAGGAUCCUCCGGUCUUUCCAGAGCCGUUUCUGCCCACGGCAUUGUGGGUUUUGUGCGGUUUCUGGAGGGUUACUAUAUUGUGUUGAUCACGAAACGUCGUAAAAUGGCUGACAUCGGCGGCCACUCUAUUUAUAAGAUUGAAGACACGAGUAUGAUCUACAUUCCCAAUGACUCGGUGAGAGUCACACACCCUGAUGAAGCCCGAUAUGUGAGAAUAUUCCAGAAUGUGGAUCUGUCCAGUAACUUCUACUUCAGUUACAGCUACGACCUGAGCCACUCGCUGCAGUGUAACGUGUCGCUGCUCCAGAUGACCUGUGACCCCGGAGACACCGGUGGAAGACAGGACAGCUUCGACAUAUUUGAGGAGGAGGGGCUUCCCACGCAAGUUGUUCACGGCUUCAGUAACGAACCCUACGCUAAGUAUGUGUGGAACGUCAGUCUGUUGGAGAAGGUCAAGGACAUCGUGCAUCCUGAUUGGCUGUUGUACAUCAUCCACGGAUUCUGUGGCCAAUCCAAGUUGUUGAUCUACGGUCGGCCGGUGUACGUCACGCUGAUCGCUCGGCGCUCCAGUCGCUUCGCUGGCACACGCUUCCUCAAGCGAGGAGCAAACUGCGAGGGCGAUGUGGCGAACGAGGUGGAGACGGAGCAGAUUAUCCACGACGCCUCCGUCAUGUCCUUCACUGCGGGCAGUUUCUCCUCCUGUGUUCAGGUCAGAGGCUCGGUUCCUCUACACUGGUCCCAGGACAUCUCCACCAUGAUGCCCAAACCACCCAUACGCUUGGACCAGGCCGACCCGUACGCUCAUGUCGCGGCUCUUCACUUCGAUCAGAUGCUGCAGAGGUUCGGAUCGCCCAUCAUCAUCCUCAACCUCGUCAAGAAGCGAGAGAAGAGGAAGCAUGAGAAGAUCCUGAGCGAGGAGCUCUAUCCCGCCAUCACCAACCUGAACCAGUUCCUCCCGCCGGAGCACGGCAUCGAGUACAUCGCCUGGGACAUGGCCCGAUACACCAAGAGUAAACUGUGUAACGUGUUGGACCGUCUCAGUAUGAUCGCUGAGAAUGUGGUGAAGAGGACGGGCUUCUUCGUCAAUCGACCCGACUUCUACUGCCACACGAUACGUCCUGAUGAGAGGUGGGGAGAUCUGGGAGGGAAGGUCACACCGAACGGCAGAUUACAGACCGGGGUUUUGAGGACGAACUGUGUGGACUGUCUGGAUCGAACCAACACCGCCCAGUUCAUGGUGGGUAAAUGUGCUCUGGCGUACCAGCUCUACGCUCUCGGGAUGAUCGACAAACCCAAGCUUCAGUUCGACACCGACUGCGUCAGGUUAUUUGAGGAGCUGUACGAGGACCACGGAGACACACUGUCUUUACAGUACGGAGGAUCUCAGCUGGUUCACCGGGUCAAGACGUACCGUAAGAUCGCGCCCUGGACUCAACACUCGAAAGACAUCAUGCAGACGCUCUCGCGAUACUACAGCAACGCUUUCUCAGAUGCAGACAGACAGGACGCUAUAAACCUGUUCCUGCAGGUCUUCCAGCCGUCUGAAUCAAAGCCUCAUCUCUGGGAACUGCCCACAGACUUCUACCUUCACCACAGUAACACCAUGAGCCUCCCACACCAGCGCCACAGUUACACACACUGGUGGUCUGACGGAGUGCUGACGUUCCUCCCGUUACCGUACGAUGAAGCCCAGUGUGAGAGCAACAGGAGGAAGGUCGUGGUGAAGCGUGUGAACCGAUAUGACGAGAGCAUCGACAUCUACAGCGAGUCCUUCAGACCGUACGAGCUCACCUCGUUCGACGACACCUUUAGCAUCGCCAUGACCAACUCCUCCAGGGAGUUCAUGCCGAAGUCAGUCGGGCUCGACCCCAGUCCGUUCACUGUUCGCAAACCAGACGAGAGCGCCAAGUCUGUGUUGGGUAAUAAGUCGAGUAAGGAGGACCUGGUGUUGCAGAGGAAGACUGCGGCCAGCGCUCCUCCUCCUCCCACUGAAGAGCAGAUCUCCAGCAGCUCUGAGGACGAGUCUGAGGAAGAGCGUGAGGAUGAUGGGACCGGGUCUCAGCGCUCCACGCCGAUCCGACUGGCCGAUCCGAGCGACGGCAGCCGCACACACGAGGAUCAGCCACAGCAGCGUCUGCCGCCCAUGAGAGAGACGUACGGCCUGAACCUGCUGGCGAAUCCCCCGGACGAGGACAUGCUCGUGUACCACAGAUUUGCUCAUCUGGGUCAGAACCAGCACAAGGUGGAGAGACACGACGACAUGAAGACAUCCGACAGCGUCUUCAGCCUUGUCCCGGUGUCGGUGUUCCCGGUGGACAGUGUGUUGGAGGUGUCGGUUCCGGAGGUGGACGUCCAGAGUCGGUCCGUGUUCGAGUGUCACGUUCAGACGGGUCGAGGAUGGGUCAGGACUCUGAGUCACGAGGACCUGCUCAUGUACCGAGAGUACAUCAGAAACAGAUACAUGUGAACCACACACGCACACACACACACACACACACACACACACCCACACACACACAAACACACA